AUGUCUACAAGCCGUUCGACCAAUCCUCUCACCUACACCAUCUGCUACUCUUUUUCUGCACCAACCCCAGCCGAACUCCACACGCUUCUCUUCAUCCACAACAUCUUCGAAACUCCCUCGAACCCUCUCGCGACGACCUACAUCUAUCACCACGUCCUUGACGGUUCCUACACACCCUUCAUCGCUCCUAUCGCCUCCUACCCCAACGCUUCGAUUAUCACCAUCAAGCAAGAAGAUCCUUCGGACGAAGAACUCUCCUUGCUCCUUCGCUAUCCUUCCUCCGAACCCGACACUUUCCCCAACGCUCACACUUCGACUUCCAGCCCCGCGCCGCUCACCAAGUGUCGCACCGACCCUACGCUUCGUUGCAUCUGCAAGAAGUUCUGCCUGCUCAAACCAGGGGCUAUCGGCUUCACAACUGCUCUCGCCUACCUUACUAUAAACCCUCUUGUGUUCGCAUACCUACGCCACUUGGCCGGAAGUAGUUUUACAAGGCCGAAGAAAUUAUUGGACGCACCUUCGACCUCUCCUCUCCAUUUUUCCAUACCAUUAUUCGCCUCUGCCUCUAAUACUUGGCAUUUCGACUCUUCGCAGAGGAGAGCGUCGACCUCAAGACCACAGGACGACACUCACCUAUUUUUCCUCCGACUCUCUUCACCAUUAAAUCGCUCCGUCUCCGAUCUCCACCCUGGCGAACCCUUGAACGGAUUCCGGGGAGAUCGACGAUUACAGUGCGAGAAGUCGAAGGGGGCCGACGAAUACUUCCUAUACCUCAACGAUACCAUCCGCGUCCCCGAACCCAACUACACCUACCUAGAAACCCUUCCCCCCGAUAUCCACAAUCCACCGUACGGAGUCUGGGACCCAGAACGUCAUAUCUGGUGCACAUUCAUCACCCCGAGCCGAGUAGUCCUCCAAGACGUCGAUAACAGCUACCCAGUAUAUUUCGACGAAACUUGGAGAUAUAUCUCUUCAGGAGAUCGAGUACCCACCACUCAAGACGCUUCUUCCCCUCUCUCUACGCCCCCGAGAACACCCCCGCCAAUUACACCCAAGCUUCCUGACCUAUCUCCCGUUCGACCUCUCAUAUCUAUGGCUGCUAGGACUACAACUCAAACCCAGACCCGAGCUGCAGACACCAUGAGCAACCAAGACGAUCAGGAAGUCGACAGAAAUUUAGACGAGCAUAGGGAGCGAAACCCGAAGACCUACAGACCCGGAGACAGCAGAAGGAUUCGAAGCAAAGCAAAAGAAGGAGGCGGGGGAGGAGACGAUGAUCCCAGCGAUGACGACGGAGGCGGCGACGAUAAUUCGUCCGGGCAUUUUACCUUCAACAGCAGCAUGUCCAAUCACACACAUAGGACGUUCACUGGAGACAACCCGGCCGAAUUUAAGGAGAACAAACACGUCGCAAAGCCACCUUUCUUCGACGGUUCGAACUGGGACGAGUUCUGGAGCGCGGUACUCGACGUCAUCCGAGCGAAUCCCAAGUACUUCCAGUCGUACCGCCGACGCAUCGAAUACAUCCUCUCCUUCUUUCGAGGCGAUGCGAUCUCCUGGAAGCAAAACUACCAGUCGGAUCCAGACAAUGCUAUCGGGAACGAAUACCUCGACUAUCCAUACAACCCAGAUACCGACCAGCUAGAGCUUCCUCAGGAGAAACACCGCAAUGAAGUCACCGAGGCAGACUGGUUCCGAUUCAUGAGACUCCUCAAGCGAGACUACGAGACUCUAGACUCGAGAGGACAAGCUAGGCAGAAGAUUAUGUACUCCAAGCAGGGAGUACUAACCGCGGCCGAGUUCUUCCAGAAGCUAGACUCGUCAAGGAGAAUCGCGCGGUGGCAGGGGAAGCAGUACGAUGAGAUGGUGGUCGAGAAGCUCAAGGAGAAUCUGAACAGUCGAAUCGUCGACGCCAUCUAUGGUCAAGAAAAGAUGCCGGCAACCUACGAUGACUGGAAACAAGCCGCCAUCCGGUGGGACAACCGAGAGCAAACAAAGAAACUCGCGAGAGGAUACGGGUAUAGACCUACCUCUCCUGCUCAAGGCUGGUACCGCCCUAGCUCGCCGAAUCCGUCAUACUCUCCCUCUGCUCCACACCCUCCUCGCCCUCCGACUCCGGGCCCAUCCAAUAAUCCAGUACGCUCUCCUUCGCCCACUCCUUUCCGUAGCCCGUCCCCAGCUCGUACCUCUAGAGCCAUGCUCCCGGACGCGGAGUAUAAACGACGAAAGGAAGCUGGGGAAUGUUUUGGCUGUGGCAAGAAGUGGGAUUCGGGCCAUCGCUGCGAGUCUAGGAGCCAGAGAAUCAGAGCGGCGGUCCAUACGUUGAAUGACGAGGAUAGAGGGAAAUUGUUGGACGUACUAGAAGUGGAUUUUCCAAAGAGUUGA